CAUCGCAUCCGACGGCCUCCAGCAUCGCCUCCGGCCAUAAAACUCUCAACCCUAUUGCGCGCCGUCGCAUUUCCUAGGGUUUAUCUCCGCCCCGCCGCGAGCCCGACGCCGCCGUCUUAGCCCGCUCGCGAGCGAAGAAACCCUAGGCUCCGAGCAAGAUGGCGAGGGGUUUGAAGAAGCACCUGAAGAGGCUCAAUGCUCCUAAACAUUGGAUGCUUGACAAACUUGGAGGAGCAUUCGCACCCAAGCCUUCUUCUGGUCCCCACAAAGCUAGGGAAUGCUUGCCUUUGAUCCUUAUCCUCAGGAACAGGUUGAAGUAUGCUCUUACCUACCGUGAAGUUAUUUCAAUCUUGAUGCAGCGACAUGUUAUGGUUGAUGGGAAGGUGAGGACCGACAAGACAUAUCCAGCUGGAUUCAUGGAUGUUGUGUCCAUUCCAAAGACUGCAGAGAAUUUCCGCCUUCUCUACGACACCAAGGGACGCUUCCGUCUCCACAGUAUCAGGGAUGAUGAGGCUAAGUACAAGCUCUCCAAGGUGAGGUCUGUUCAGUUUGGGCAGAAGGGUAUCCCUUUCCUCAACACCUAUGAUGGGCGCACGAUCCGCUACCCGGACCCUCUCAUUAAAGCCAACGACACCAUCAAGAUCGACCUGGUGACCAACAAAAUUGUGGACUUCAUCAAGUUCGACGUCGGGAACGUCGUGAUGGUGACUGGCGGCAGGAAUACCGGGCGUGUCGGGGUGAUCAAGAGCAGGGAGAAGCACAAGGGCAGCUUUGAGACCAUCCACGUGGAGGACUCCCUUGGCCACCAGUUCGCGACCCGCAUGGGCAACGUGUUCACCAUCGGCAAGGACAAGAAGCCGUGGGUGUCUCUCCCUAAGGGCAAGGGCAUCAAGCUCAGCAUCAUCGAGGAGGCGAGGAAGCGCAAUGCCGAGGCCGCUGCUGAAGCUUAAUUUAUCACCUCAAUUGGUAAAAGAAAAAUUAUUGCUGGAAGCGGUCUAUCUGUAGAUUUAGACGUGGCUGUUGGACACAAGCUGUUUACUUCUGCAUUUGGUAUCAUUGAGCUGUCUUGAACUGUGAAAGUCAUGUGCUGUUUUGAGCACUGAAGUAGUAGAUCCACAAUUUUUUUUGCGGUACUUUGUAUUUACAGAUCAUUCUAGGAAAUGAGAGGCUAUCUUGAUGAUCUGUGAGGGAGCAGUCUAUGUAGACCUCAAUCAGAUCAUAACAUUCAUCUCCUAAACAUGUCCACAUAAUUAUUAUAUGUAGCAGGGGUAGUGAGUAGAGAAA